AUGGGUGUGUCCGCCGCUGGACCAGUAAUUUCAACCUCGACCUCACCGCACCUUUCUCCAUUACUGGAGCCAAGGGAUGGUCGGAUCGCGAAUGGCAACUUGCCUGGGCACGGACAAAGUCAUGGACAAGCCGGGGCAUUCUCCUGGCCGCCCAGAUUCUUCAAGCGGGAGCCUAUCUCGAAGAACUGGGAGAACACACCCUGGGUUACGGCCCAUGUAGAAACCAAGCCUCUAGAAGCAACUGAGGAGGUCAUCUAUCUAACUCCGGGAGAACCCGAGGAGGAAGACCCUAUCUUUUUCCUCAGUACAGAACACAAUUGGGCAGCGGACAAAUCUCGUGUCGCACCUCUUGUCGCCUUCCUUCAGCGCGCAACGCUGGAGGAGCUCCAACAAGGACACCAUCGCAUUCCGACUGAUAAUGUUGCCAUACUCGUUGACGGUAACAUUUCGAAGAAUAAGGUCCAUCCACGGCAGUACCUUGGCCCCUUGUCGGCACCGAGAUUACUGGAGGAAUUGCAAAGAAAUCGCUACCAUGAAGACGACAAGGGAGGUGACUCCAUUGACACUGAAAGUGGACAUGAAGCUGACGCAGAACGACGCCUGAUCUACGUCGUUAAUCUCAGUCGGUGGGCCGUCCUCGCGCUCGUGGGAUCUGCUCCAGAAUCACUCUACAGGCAAUUACCCGACUUCUUGCUUAAUUAUAUCCUAUCAAGACCUUCCCUUGGAGUGCAUUUUUCGACUGAUGGUCCCGAAACCUUCGUCAUGCAGUUUUCGUUUCCAUGCUGGGUAUGGCGGACGUCGAAAACCUUGAUACGAGACGACCGAGCCAAAAGUUCAGACGAGGACUCCCUGAGAUCUUCACAAGAUGUCACAUUCUUACGCGCUCUUUCAGGCGCUCAAGCUGGUGGUGAGGGUGUCGACGCUAUCUACUCGAGCCACAUCAGCUGCAUUGUGACUGGGUAUGAUCAGUUUCGCUGGACCUGUAUACUGCUAUGCGAGGCCUGGUUCGAAGUCGAAGUCAUUGGCUUGCCAACUCCCGAUAGCAUCGCACGAUAUGAAUGUGAGAUGCAGGAUGUGGUGGACACAUUUGGCAUGGUUGAUGUGGUAAAUGCGCUUGAAAACUGCCCGCUUUCAGAUCCUCUAGUUCGUGGAAGAAGCAUGAUGCUCGACUCAUCAACUCUAAUGUGGCUCCCUCGGCCCUAUUUUCUUCGCGUCUUUGAGGUUCGCCUGGGGCAGAUCUAUAAAGAGUUCCAAGGAAUAUUCUACAACUUUGACAAGUGGGUAAAGGGCAUCGGCGUGGAGCAUCAGCGUCUGCUGCAACGCCUGCAUAAGGCUGCGGGUGAUGAUCAGACUACCAUAAGAGUGAAAGAUGUCUUGGAUGAAUUGGACAGUUUCGAAGAUGGCAUCCUUGAAGCGGAAAGGAUAGUCAAAUCACUGUCGCAGACUGUGGAGGGGAUCGUUUCGAGCGGUGACCUGUUCAUGACGACGGACGUGAAUUACUUCCUUCAUGCGGAAGGCCGAACAGGCGACGUAUCAGCCUGUUACGCUUAUUUAUCGCAGAUACGAAGGGCAUUCACGGACCUUCGACAACUGCGCAUAAGAUUUAGGGACCUACAAACCCAAUAUGAGGAAAUGAUUAAGAAGGGAGUAGCUGCGAGGGACAAGGUAACGACCCCCGAUGUACAGGCAGACACUGACGCUGGAUCUUUCAACUGA